UAUUUUGUGUGAUUGCUUUUUUAAAAAUUUAUUUUGGAUUAUUUUUGGCUUGGUUUGCCUUUACUUUCGGCAUCAAAAAUUGCAAAACAUGCUCGUCUCGUUGAUAACGUGGUUAAAUAUAGUCAUCUGUCUAUUACAAUUGGGGCCAGUCUCUGCGGGCUCGAUGCACUUCAAGAUUGUGGGCGGCACCGCUACCGACAUAGCCAAGACACCAUAUCAGGUCUCGCUGCGUUUGAAGAAGAUUGACAGGAGACAAUUCGGGCGUGGUCACAUAUGCGGAGGCACGGUCAUUAGCCAGCGCCUGAUUGCCACGGCGGCACAUUGUCUCUUCGACGGAAGAAGGAGAUCGAUGCGCUCGGCCAGAGAUUUUGUGGUGGUCAUGGGCAACAGCUAUCUACAGUCAAGAAGUGGAGCAAUGCUGCAGUAUAACGUGCAGAAGCUGAUAGCCCAUCCCCAAUACAAUCCGUCUGACUUACAGAACGAUAUUGCACUGCUAUUCAUUAACGGCUAUAUACCCUGGAGAUCGAGCGCUCGGGCUCUGCCACUUGCCAAAGAAGCCGCCGAAGUGGGUACACCUUGCCUGAUCUCCGGCUGGGGUAGUACAUACUCUGGCGGCUCCACUUCGCCAACUCUGCAAUCGGCAACGGUGCCGGUGAUCAGCCAAAGGGAUUGCAGUCGCAAAUAUGGCUAUAUAUCGACUGCCCAGAUAUGCGCCGGCUAUAUGAGCGGGGGCAUCGAUUCCUGCCAGGGCGACUCCGGGGGUCCGCUGCAGUGCUACAAUACGCUCGUGGGCAUCGUCUCCUUUGGCAGAUUUUGUGCUGCCCAAGAUUCGCCCGGCGUCUAUACGAGCGUUGCAUACUAUAUCGACUGGAUAAAGAGGACGAAUCGCUCGCUCGACUAUUCGUACUACAGCGACAAAGCGGCAAUUGUCGUUGGCCCAAAGCUGACUGUCUUGGCCAUCUUUGUGGCGGCCAGUUACUGAAUGCGUCUGCAAGACUGACUAAUAUUCAAAAAGAAAUUAAUAAAUAUUAUUUCUUUUAUAGGUA